AUCCACCGAGCUAAUCCUCUCCCGCUCUCCCCUCCUCCUCCCUUCUCCCCUCCCCUCCCCCUCCCACUCCCCUCGGCGACGAGGACGGGGCCAGCCAGCCGCGCAGCCCCGCCACCACCGCACCGCACCGGCCGGCGGCGUGGUGUGUAUGACCAGGGUUCUGAAGGAAUCAAGAUUCUGAUAUAGUUUCUGGAUACUUCAUUCCCUUGAUUCAAAAUGACACCUGUGAUUCAUUGUUCUGUUGGCAAUAUUAGCCUGUUUCACAUUGGAAGUAUCAGGACCAGCCGAGAGAUCCAGAUAAGAAGAUUCCAGGGCUCAACUGGGUAUUCAAGGGUAGCAUCACCAUCACCUCGAAGACUGUUGCAGCCACAAACAGCAUUUCACUUGAUCAGUAUCUACAAAAGAAGAAGCUGGUCCUCAGCCCAGAGGCCAAGAACCUUGUCUGCUGCAACUGUAGGGACUGAUGUCACAGUGGAGGAUCAGAAUCCAUCCCCCUCAGGAGAAGCUUCCGAUGAAGCCUCUGAGGCUGCACCUGAUGCUGUUGAAGCAAGUGAGCAGGGUGAGGCUAGCACGGACCAAGCUUCUUCUGCCCGUAAAUCAGGACGCAACAUACGGAAGAGUGAGAUGCCUCCAUUGACUGAUGAGGAUCUAGUUCCUGGUGCAUCUUUUACUGGGAAGGUGAGGUCUAUCAAGCCAUUUGGAGUUUUUGUUGACAUUGGAGCAUUCACGGAAGGCCUUGUUCAUAUCUCCCGAGUAAGUGACGGGUUUGUAAAAGAUAUAUCUUCCCUCUUCACUGUUGGACAAGAGGUGUCGGUCAGAUUGCUUGAAGCAAAUAAGGAAACGGGGCGCAUCUCUUUGACCAUGAGGGAAGGUGAUGACUAUGUCAAGCCGAAAAAGGAAGCACCUAAGGCUGAAAGUAAUGGGCGGAGUGCCACUGCGACCCCCAGAAGCUCACCUAGGCAAACAAAGGAAAGACAGGAAGCCAAGGCAACAGGCGAGUCAAAAUAUGCACCAGGGCAAUCUCUGAAGGGCACUGUGAAAAGUACAACAAGAGCUGGGACAUUUGUGACACUUCCUGAUGGGAGUGAAGGGUUCCUUCCCAGAGAAGAGGAAGCAGUGGCACUGUUUACCCUUAUUGGACAAUCUGCAAUGGAAGUUGGUAAACAGAUACGGGUUAAAGUACUGAAUGUAGCACAAGGUCAGGCCACUUUGACCAUGAAAGAUUUGGAAGAUGAUGAAGACGAUUUGCAAACGCUAAACAUGGAGCUUAAGCGGGACUGGUCCAGAGGAACCAAUGCAUUUGAGUUGGCUUUCCGUAGGAACAAGGAGAUCUCUGCAUUCUUGGAUCAGAGGGAAAAGACAAAAGUGCCAGAAGUACAUGCAGCUGCUGGAGUAGCAGUGGACACUGUAGUUGAUGCUGAAGCAAGCAGUGAUCAAAUCGAGGACAAGGAAAGCGAAACAGGCACGGCUGAAUUAGUUGAAGCGGAUCGUUCAGUUUCUGCUACAGAAACUGAAGGCAAAGAGGAGGUUAGCUCUUCCAUUGAAGCUGCCACCACCAGUAUCGAGGAAGCUGCUCUGGCGGAUGAGGAAAGUGGUGAAGAAUUGAGCACUGUGUCAGAAGUAGCAACUGAUGUUCCUGCCCCUGUAUCCGAAGUCUCUUCUCAGGAGGGAAUUGAGGUUUCUACUUCUGUGGCAGAUGCAGCUGAUGACCAAACUGUAGAAUCUACAGUUGGUGUUGAGCUGUCCUCCAAUGGGGUCCCAGAAACUAGUGUGUCUUCAGUUUCAGAAACUGAGGACAAACCUGCCGAGCCUGAAGAAUCUUCAGCAGUUGAAGAGGUUCCUGUAACAGCAAGCACCACUACAGCCAUUAUUUCUCCUUCCCUUGUGAAGCAACUGCGUGAAGCAACUGGAGCAGGCAUGAUGGACUGCAAAAAGGCUCUUGCAGAAACAGGGGGUGACAUUGAGAAAGCUCAAGAAUUCCUACGAAAGAAAGGUUUGGCAGCUGCUGACAAGAGGGCUGGCAGAGCUACUGCUGAGGGAAGAAUUGGUUCUUAUAUACAUGACAGCAGGAUUGGGGUCCUUAUUGAAGUGAAUUGUGAGACCGACUUUGUAUCCCGAGGUGACAUCUUCAAAGAAUUAGUUGAGGAUCUUGCCAUGCAAGUUGCUGCUUGCCCUCAAGUGCAGUACAUCUCCAUUGAUGACGUCCCUGAGGAGGUUGUGAAGAAGGAGACAGAGCUAGAGAUGCAGAGGGAGGACCUCUUGUCAAAGCCUGAGCAGAUCCGGGCUAAGAUUGUUGAAGGACGUGUAAAGAAGAGGCUUGGAGAAUUUGCAUUGUUUGAACAGCCAUUCAUCAAGAAUGACAAGGUAACAAUAAGUGAAUGGGUGAAGCAAACCAUAGCUACAACUGGAGAGAACAUGAAGGUCAAGAGAUUUGCCCGGUACAACCUUGGUGAAGGGUUGGAGAAGAAAAACCAGGAUUUUGCUGCUGAAGUUGCAGCCCAGACAGCAGCAAAGCCACCGCCAUCUGCUCCUCCUUUGGAGGACAAGCCUGCUGAAACAACAGAAGCUGCUGAGAAGAAGCCAGCUGUUGCAGUUUCAGCUGCAUUGGUAAAGCAACUCCGCGAUGAAACUGGUGCUGGUAUGAUGGACUGCAAGAAAGCGCUGGCUGAGACCGGUGGUGACCUUCAGCAGGCUCAGGAGUUUCUCAGGAAGAAGGGUCUCUCAUCUGCAGAUAAGAAAUCAUCUCGCCUAGCUGCUGAAGGCCUUAUUGGCUCCUACAUCCACGACAACCGCAUCGGAUGCAUGAUUGAGGUCAACUCUGAGACCGACUUUGUGGCUCGCAACGAGAAGUUCAAGGAGCUCGUGAACGACCUCGCGAUGCAAGUGGUGGCAUGCCCACAGGUUGACUAUGUCUCAGUGGAGGACAUCCCAGAGAGCAUCAUCAGCAAGGAGAAGGAGAUUGAGAUGCAGAGGGAUGACCUGCAGUCCAAACCUGAGAACAUCAGGGAGAAGAUUGUCGAAGGACGCAUAGCGAAGAGGCUUGGGGUGAUGGCCCUCCUGGAGCAGCCCUAUAUCAAGGACGACAGCAAGACAGUGAAGGAUCUUGUGAAGGAGACGAUAGCCUCCCUCGGGGAGAACAUCAAGGUUCGAAGGUUUAUCCGGUACACCCUCGGCGAGGAUUGAUUGAUUAGGCGGUGAGCUCAGUUACCGUCCUGACAUGAGAAAUUGGGCACAUUUUGAUUCGAGGAGGUGCAUAGCUGUUGUUAGUUUGUACUCAGUCCCAUCUGUAAUUCUGUAUCACCAGUUACUACUUUUCCUUGUUCUAAAGAAAACUUCUUAGCAGUCCUCUGUAGAUGACAAGAGAGGUCAAUAUGUCCAUCAAAAGCAUUACAACAUUACGGCAAAUUAAAUUUUGUAUCUUUUUCA